CUCGCGAGAUGAGACUUGUGUCUCCGGGAUUAGCGGUCAGGCUGGAACCAAGGAGCUGAACAUUAAAGGCGUUGCGGGACUCUUAAGCAGCGAUUGGGGACUUCGGGUUUUGUUAAGAAAAGCGGGACUGUUGAGUGGACUGCCAAAUGCUUCUAAACCAGCUGAGAGAGAUUACUGGUAUUCAGGAUUCAGCUUUAUUGUACGAAGCACUUAAGGCUAGCAACAAUGAUCUUACUCAGGCUGUUGGAAUCCUUACUGAGAGUGUCAAUGAGCCAGCCACAAGAGAAGUAGCGCUUGAGCUGUCUGACACAGGAGGCAAUGCAACAGACAAACAAGUAUCUGUUAAGUCUGUGCCUAUGCAUAAUAAAGAGGUGCUCCAGACAACUGUUGCUCCCAGCUUACAGAAGGACACAGGCCACCAGUUAAAUGCUGUACAAUGUGGGAGAUCUUCUGAGUCCCAAGAUUCUGAAAGUAAAGGCCGUACAAAGAGAAAACGCUGUGAAGUUUGGGGGGAUAAUCCCAAUCGCAAUGAUCUGAGGAGGAUUGAAGACUGGCCUGUAGGACUAAAGAAUAUUGGGAACACCUGUUGGUUUAGUGCUGUUAUACAGUCCCUUUUCCACCUGCCUGAAUUUCGAAGGCUUGUCCACAGUUACAGCAUUACCCAGAGCAUGCUUGAAAAGUGCCAAAGUCGUGAUGAGAAAAGGAACCUUGCUUUCAUGCAGGAACUACAGUGCCUUUUUACCUUAAUGGUUGGAUCAAACCGAAAGUUUGUGGAUCCUUCUCCCGCCCUAGAACUGCUGAAAGAUGCAUUUUUAUCAGAAGAAGCACAGCAGCAAGAUGUCAGCGAGUUUACACAUAAACUUCUUGACUGGCUGGAAGAUGCUUUCCAACUGACCGUUAAUGGAGAGGACCCAAGAGAUAAAUCAGAAAAUCCAAUGGUACAACUUUUUUAUGGCACAUUUCUUAAUGAAGGAUUUCUUGAAGCAAAUAAAGCCUUCUCCAACAUUGAGACUUUUGGUCAGUACCCACUCCAAGUUAAUGGUUUCAGUAACCUAAAUGAGUGUUUGGAAGCUGCUAUGGUGGAAGGAGAAAUUGAAAAUAUGCAAACUGCCCAAUCUGCGAGGUACAGGCAAGAGCGCUGGUUUACAAAACUUCCUCCUGUAUUAACGUUUGAGCUUUCUCGGUUUGAAUUUAACCAGUCCUUGGGGCAGCCUGAAAAGAUUCACAAUAAACUUGAAUUCCCAGAAAUUAUUUACAUGGAUAGGUUUAUGUACAAAAACAAAGAGCUUAUGAGAAGGAAGCACAGUGAAACAAGGAGGCUGAAAGGUUGCAUUGACCACUUAAAUCAGAAGCUUGAAAGUUACUUGAAAUAUGGCUCUGGGCCCAAUAGGUGUCCACUUCCUGAUAUGUUGCAAUAUGUUCUUGAAUUUGCCAACACGAAGUCUGCAGAAUGGUGCCCUCCGACUGAAGUGGUUACAACCUCACAGUCUGCAACAGGAAGCACUGGUUCUUUGGAUGCACAACCUUUACAAAAUGGCUUUGUAGGUAAUAAUGACACUGAAACAUCUAAUGAUGACAGCCCUAAAUGUGAAAGCACUUCCUCAUUGCCUCCAUUUGUGGGGCAUACUGUACCAAAUGACUGCAUCCCCGCAGAGGAUCCUACACAUGGGUCUGAUACUUUAGAGGAAAUCCGAUCUGUGGCUGCCUGCUUACAGAGAUGGAGAACUGAGGUGGAGAAAGAUAUUCAAGACUUGAAGGAUUCUAUUGCGAGCUGUACAAAGUCUAUUGAAGAAGUAUUUAUUGAUCAAGAUUUAUCUCAGGUGCCGUACAGACUACAUGCAGUAUUAGUCCACGAGGGUCAGGCAAAUGCUGGACAUUACUGGGCUUACAUCUAUAGUCAUAGCAGGUGUUGCUGGUUGAAGUACAAUGAUGUGUCUGUGACUGAAGCUAAUUGGGAGGAGCUUGUAAGAGAUUCUUACGGUGGGAUGAGAAAUGCCAGUGCAUACUGUCUUAUGUACAUUAAUAAUAAGCUGCCAUACCUCAUUGCUGACCAUGAAGGGGAGCUGGAAGAUAAGAUCAAUGCUCUCCAUCCUGCAUUGCAAUGUUAUGUCCAAGAGGAUAAUCAGAGGUUUGACCAAGAAAUGACAGAGUGGGAAGAAGCACACUCCUGCAAAAUUCCUCAGAUAGAAAGUGUGGGAUCCUCAGAAUCUGUGGAUCACCCCUCACGUAACAAUGCAUCUUUGUGCUGUGAAGAAUGUUCCAGGUCUUUAUCUUCAGAACAUGCCAUGAUUGCUAAAGAACAAACAGCCCUCGCUAUUACCAAAACUGCUGAGUCCUAUGAAAGAAAUGGAGUGGAAGUUGCCCUAAAAGAGCCAACUAAACCUGAGACAGGGGAGGCCAGCCUUUCUGAUGCCAGCCUCACAGCUCAGGAGGAAACGGAGCCACAACCCAGCUCCCAGCUUUCAGAAGUGGAGAUCCCCAGUGUGGGAAAGAUACUCGUUAGAACUGAUACUGAUGGCUAUAAUGAGGAGAUGAUGCUCUGCCCUGCCAUGCAAGGUGUAAUCUUUGCAAUACUGAAAGCCCGGCAGGUAUUUGAUCGAGAUGGCCCUGAAGCUGGCCUUGUUAAGGCAUUUCAUGAGGAAUAUUCUCGGCUUUACCAGCUUUCUAAAGAAGAGCCUUCUCCAUCUAGUGACCCUCGUCUGCAGCAUGUUCUCAUUUACUUCUUCCAGAACAAAGCCCCAGACCGGGUGAUUGAACGAACUUUGCUUGAGCAGUUUGCUGAUAAAAACCUCAGCUAUAAUGAAAGAUCAAUUAGCAUCAUGAAGGUUGCUCAAGCAAAACUCAGAGAGAUUGGGCCAGAUGAUAUGGACAUGAAAGAAUACCAGAAAUGGCAUGAAGACUACAGCCUGUUUCGUAAGGUGUCUGUUUACCUUCUGACUGGGUUGGAGCUUUAUCAGAAUGAAAAAUGGCAGGAAGCCCUCACUUACCUUGUAUAUGCCUAUCAGUGUAACCGUUCGCUUGUGAGUUCAGGGGAAAGUCUUGGUGUAGAGGAGACCUUGAUUCAGCUCUACAGAAGGAAAUGCCUACUGAAGCUUAAUGAUAAGGCUGCCACCUUGUUCGAGAGCAGCCAAGAAGAACAGGUCUCAGAAGGGAUUAGCAUUAUGAAUGACCUGAUCAUUCCGUGCAUGCAUCUAAUAUUCAACAACAAAAUCUCUGAGGAAGACCUUUCUGCCAUUGAGGAGAUGAGGAAUAGAUGGUGUUCUUAUCUUGGGCAAGAUAUUGAUGAUAAUCUGCAAAUGAAGCUAGGACAGUUCCUUCCUAGACUGCUUGACUGCUCCAGUGACCUCAUUGUGUUAAAGGAACCUCCAAAGAUCCGGCCACAUUCUCCAUUUGAUCUGUGCAAUCGUUUCACAGCCAUCAUGGAGUCCAUACAGGGAGCAUCCACUGUCACUGUAACAUAGGUUUGGGGAUUGGCACCCCAUCUUGCUAUGCUCCAGGUGCCUGGAGAAACCACUUACAACAUUUUGCCACUUUGUAUAUCCCUUAUAGCUCUUAUACACAGAUAAAGGAGAGCUCAGUUUUACUUUAAAGAACAUGUAAACCCUAAAUUUUCCUGCCAUGUAUAUAAGUUAGGCACAUCUCCCACACCCAAACCACAACAUUUGCAUUGCAUAUAUCUCCUCCGUUUGCCAGUACCAUCACAUUUUCCUAAAACAAAUAUCAGUAUUCACCUGGCAGCAAUUUUCCCUCUCAAAUAUCUUCAGUGAUAUUUACAUAUGCAAGUAGCACACAUGUCCUGUAAAGUUCAUGCAGAAUGCAGGCUUACACAGGCAGCGCUUACUUUGAUAAAAAGUCCUGCUUGGAUUGUUUCUGCUUGGAGAGUGGCUGUUAGACCAGAGGGCAAAUGUUGUAAUCUGAGUUGAGAAGAACUGAGCAUGCCAGGUAGCCAACAGCCAAAGUAAAUGCCCAAGAGAGGAGGGCAAUGGGUUAGAGGAGGAAAAGGAAUCCCAAGUGAUUAAAGGGAUGCAACAGCCUUACUAGUAGUAAGGAGUAGUAAGUGUUUAAAGGUUUCAAAAAGGGUGUUCACAGAUUAAUUUUUUUGUGUGGGGUUUACAUGUCUUUUAACACAUUAUGAACAAAAUGGAAUUAGACUGAUUUUGGUGUGGGGUGCCUGUUUUUAAUCAUUAGGUGAAACUUGUUCAAAUAAUUCUGUAUACUUGAAGAAAAAAAGAACACUGGAUGGAAACUGGUAUGUCUGUUACACUCACUUAAGCCCCUAUGAUACAGUCAGCAUUAAUGAGUACAUUUGCAAUACAGUUCUCCAUUGGUUGCACAACUUUUUACAUUGUUUGUUCUGGAAAAUUCUGUCAUUGUGGCAAAACAGGUUUUUACAAAAUGUUUUUAAUUUUUAAUGUCUAGGAGGUGACAGGAACAAUGGGGGGUUAAGGUUCCCUCCCACCAGGGGGCAGGACACUGCGAUUACAUCAGGGCUGCAGAUCCCUUGCUCUCUCCCUUUAUCUCCUGCACAGCCCAGAGGGCAGCAUUUUUGCUGGUGUCCAACACCUUAUCAGACUAGUGAUCCUUAGCUUGAAGGCCCAAAUCCGAUCUGCCCUCUCAGAUAUUGUCAGAGGAGAGCAAAGUUCAGAAACAAUAUCACACAACACUAAUGUCAGAGAUCUAGAUGCCAACCACAGUUUACAUAUGAAAACUUCAGUACGCAUGGGUGAGAAAUGCAAAACUGUGGGUUUCAACAUAUCACUAAAACUUUUAGGCUCAAGAUCCAGAACUCAGUCAGGUUCCUGAAGUUGUUGGAACAACUGUGUCAGUUUAGACAUGCAUGAGAUUUUUUGGUUAAUGCUGUAACAGAUUGAAGUUGUCCCAUUUGCCCAAUUUCAUCUUUUUGUUCUCUGAGACUUUGGAGCAGGAAAAUCUCUUCACAAAAGGAUAGUUUUGCCAAGAGCAACAAAAAUGGCACUGUGGGUCCCAGCUUAACCCAAUGGGAUGCAACCUUUCAGAGAUGAUCAGUGAAAGGCCUUUGGUCUCUGGAAGAAUCCAGCCUGCCCAACAGUCCUUUGUAGAUCAGAGUAAUUUGUCUGUUUUUAGUACCACACCCAAAUUCCCUAUUAAGGUGGUUUCAUAAUUCCACAUCAAUGAGAGAUAAUCCUGUAACAAUUCAAAAGACUUUUAAGAAGGCUAAACUUCACCCUCUUGACAUGGUUAGAGGUCUUAAUACAUUUCUUUCAGCAAGCCCUUCCUGGAGACACAAACUCUCAAUGGUUUCCAUGCCACAAAAACUACUAUUGUAUGUUUGUUUAAGGAAAAGGCUACCACCACAAUAAAGUAAGGGUGACUCCUAUUAUAUAGGAUAUAUAUAUAUAUAUAUAUAUAUAUAUAUAUAUAUAUAUAUAUAUAUAUAUAUAUAUAUAUAUAUAUAUAUCCUAUAUAAUAGGAGUCACCCUUACUUUAUUGUGGUGGUAGCCUUUGUCCAAAACGUCCACCAGGUAGUGGUCUCUUGACUUGUCAGGGUUCUCUCAUCCUGUUAUGGGGGUGCCUUUGGCAUUUCCCCCGAUGUGGAAGAGAUAUCCCCUUCUGUUUACUUUACAGAAAGAAAACGUAUUCUUAUUCCGUUACAAACUGGAACCCUUUGGCCAGUGGAGAGCAUAAAGGGAGAGAGGAUGGGUCCUCAGAUCUGAUUUCAUCGCAGUGUCCUACCUCCUGGUGGGAAGAGUCCCUUACCCGCUUGGUUUAUAUGUUCUUCUGACAACUGGGGAACAGAUUAACCUCCCAAACUUUAUCCUACUGAAAAUCCAUAUAAUGAACUACGGUCUGUUGAAAUAGCUGUUUCCAGAGUUGUGUCCUUUGGAGUGGAUGGGUAGAAACACUCUAAUUUAAUCCCAUGGGUUAUUAUAAAUCUAAAUAUCAGGUACAAAAAUUCUUGUUCUAUCCAAAUCUGUAAUGAUCUGUUGGUCUGCUUGUCUAAAGAAAUGCAUCGAUAAAGCCUAGAGUAUGUAUAUGGUUUAUACAGCAAUGCUCUGACUAUCUGUGCUGUUUCAUUUCUUAUGUGUUUUUCUGUGUAGCUGUUUGCAAUCGGCAUCACGUUUCUACAGUUCCAAUUGGCUUGAGAGCGAAGUCCUCUCUUUGUACAGAUACUUUGCCGCAGUUUUAAAAAGUCUCUGGUUUAAAUAACUUGAACAUCCGUCUCUCAUGGCAGGUGCCUGGCAGGACUGGACUGGAUAGGGGAGCAUUUUUAGCCUGCGGGUGUGGGUAUUUCUAACAAUCCUGAGCAGCUGCACAAAUCCGUUUGAGCAGGACAAAGGAGGCUGGGGCAGGGGGAGAGACUCGAUUGAGAAGCCAAAUACCAUCAGGAUUUGGCAAUGAAGGGAUUGAAUCUGUAAUACUGGAAAGAGAGAGAGAAGAAGAAAUUAUCAGGGAAAUUUAGACUGGCAUCUAAACAAUGAAUUUCCUUACUGCUGGGAAAAAAUAAAACCAGGAGUUUGGUUUUUAAAGUGCACACUUGUAAUUACUUCCCGAUCUGUUUUUAGGCAUGUAGGUUCUUUAUAAUAGUUUUCAUUAUUGCUGUGCCUUGAAAAAUACGCAGCCACUGCCAAUGUUGACACCAGCUUAGCCAAAGCCUCAGUCACACACUCGCAACCGUUAUAGAAGCCUUCCUCUUUGGAUACAAAUACGGAUGUCUUUUCUUUCCAGCUGAGCUGUGCAAGGAGGCCAGUGUUAGUCUGAAAAGCUGUCAGUCCAGUGAUUUGUAUUUGUGUUUUUUAUGUGCAAUAAACUAUUUAUGUUUUUA